UUUGACAUCUAACAACUUUUUUAAAAUUUUAUUUACACUGUUCUGCAAUGUACCAGAGCAGUUGAGUGAGUUUGGUUGUUAUUCGACAGUGCGAUACGAAAAACUUCUAAAUUAUAAUUUAAAGGCUUCUUCAAAAGAUUUUCCCGGAGCUGCAGCCUGCAUUUAAAGUGGAUUACAUCUGAGUGAAGCUGUUUUUUUUUUUUUUCGACUGUAGUUUUCUAGUUACUACUGCUUAUGUGCUGUAUUCCGAUGGAUUAAAAAGCCAACCUAAAUGAAUUUCUCUUCCUGCAAUUUUGUAGCCUGUUAAUGGAUUACAACUGCUUGCUGUCUCAGCUCAACCUUUUCUAAAAAGUUAUUAUGGUAACACUUAUUAAAUUAGAAAAUUGUGAGUACUGAAUGGGGUGAUUUUUAUUUUUACUGCUUCUAUUUUGGCUCACUUGUUAUACAUUCCAUAAUGUUAAUGGCAAAAUAUCAACAACAUUUCUGAAAAUAGAGAAAAAAAAUCCUUGCUCUGAUGUUUAAAAUAAAUGUAUUCGGAAGACUAACCUUGAUAGAUAAAUAGUAGUCUUCAAUGGUUUAUGCUGGAGUGUCUACUGUACAAAUGUAACCAGCCAAAAGUGCAUAAUCUAACAUCCAGCAAAUCUUUUAUUGUUGUUGUUGUUGUUGUUGUUGUUGUUGUUGUUGUUGUUGUUGUUGUUACACAUUUCUACAGGCACUGUGUGCUGUAUAGUCAAGCAGGAGGUGGGAACCAAACAUGACUGCAACAAUCACAAAAACUAAAAUUUAACCACUGAACACAGUGGCCCGUUGACCAUUCUUUCUGUUCACCUCUCAGUGGCGUUUCCUUUCAGAAUGGUACCACCCCCACCAGCUAAUAAGCCCCAUGUGUGCCUCUCCACUAUCCUCAUUAUGAGCAGCAUGGCGCUAGUGGAUGCUUAUCUUGUAGAGCAGAACCAAGGGCCACGGAAGAUAGGCAUCUGCAUCAUGGUAAUGGUGGGGGAUCUCUGCUUCCUAAUUAUCCUUCGUUACAUGGCAGUGUGGGUGGGAGCAGAGGUCAGGACAGCAAAAAGAGGUUACGCCAUGAUCUUGUGGUUCCUCUACAUCUUUGUGUUGGAGAUCAAAGUCUACUUCAUCUACCAGAACUACAAGGCAGACAGGAAGAGCCUUGACACUAUUGCACGGAAAGCCUUGACGCUACUGCUGUCUAUCUGCAUCCCUGCCCUGUAUGUACUCCUGGCGGCAGUUGACCACAUGGAGUACGUAAGAGCCUUCAAGAAGAAGGAGGAGCUGAGGAACCGACUCUUUUGGGUGGUGGUGGACUUGUUGGAUGUUUUGGAUAUUCAAGCCAAUUUGUGGGAGCCACAGAAAAAAGGACUCCCCCUAUGGGCCGAAGGACUGAUGUUCUUUUACUGUUAUAUUUUGUUACUGAUCCUUCCCUGCUUGUCUCUGAGUGAGAUAAGCAUGCAGGGGAUCAACAUAGUGCCGCACAGGAUGAUGUUGUACCCCAUACUGAGCCUGGUCACCAUAAACAUCAUCACCAUCUUCAUCCGAGGGGGGAACUUGAUCUUUUUCCGGGAUGCAAGAGUGUCAGGAAUCCUCAUGGGAAAGAACUUCUUGGCUAUCAUACUAAAGACCUGUAGUUUUGUACAGUAUAGAAAACAGUUGCAAAGGGCCCCUCCUGGGCUGGCAAUCGAACUUCAGAAGAACUCUGUACCCCACAACCAAGCAAUACCGUCCCGGCCUAGGGUGGUUGUACAAAAUCAGAGGGCCUUGCCAGAGGUGACUGGAUGUGAGAACACAUGACACAUGGUUUAAAAAAAUAAGGUUAAUAAAUACAGAGAAUGCAUUGUUGGAUUCUGGGAAUAAACAGACACCGUUGAUUGGGGGGGGGAGUAGGUGACACAAGGUAUUUUUCAAACAUGCAGUGCAGAGUACAUUUUUUAUGUGGUACGUGGUACAUUAUGGCAUCAAGCAAAGUGACAAUGGUGGUGUUGUUGUGUAAAAUGUUUCUUUCAUGGCAUUUUCUGUUAUGUGUGAACGGAAGGUCAAAAAUCAUUAUUGAUGUUGCAAAAGUAGGCUCUGAUGUGUUGUAUG